AUGGCGGCGGGGGGCGCGGCGGACUCUCAGGCGCGCUUCGGCCACUCGGUGAAGGGGCUCCUGACCGAGAAGGUGACGAGCUGCGGCACCGACGUGAUCGCCCUCACCAAGCAGGUGCUGAAGGGCUCCCGCAGCGCCGAGCUCCUGGGUCAAGCUGCUAGAAACAUGGUGAUGCAAGAAGAUGCCAUCCUGCACUCGGAAGAUAGCUUAAGGAAAAUGGCCAUAAUAACCACUCAUCUGCAGUACCAGCAAGAAGCAAUCCAGAAGAAUGUUGAGCAGUCAUCAAACCUACAAGACCAGCUGAGUCACUUGCUGAAAUGAAGUGUAGCCGAAGGCACGAGGACAUCUUGACUGGCACUGAGGGCAACGAAGCGUCCUUUCUCCUCCAGACCCCAAGGUUCAGACCUAUGUCUGGAUGGUGCUGGAUGUCAGCUGGGAUAUGUGCAGAGACUCUGUUUCUGGGCACGUGGGCCCCUCUCACGUGCCUCUAUCCACGUCUCUGCUCCAGAACACUUGCCUGCGUGCCAGUGCCUAACUGAAACAAACUUACCUGAAACUUUACUUCCCCCAACAAUUCCUGUGUCCACUUACUUCCCAUGUACCGUGAGGUGCUCAGCCCACACCAGCACCUCUGGCAAGAAAUGCAUAAAAUCGAGCUGUGGGUUUUAAAUACAGGUGCCUGCAGUUUGACACUGCUCUGUAUUUAGACACAGAGAUGGCACAGAGUACAAUUUAUUUAGGGCAUGUUAAUCAGUGGGAGCUGUAAGUGCCUGGGUGGGUGAGAGAGGUGCUUCAGUGUAGACUGAGGUGCCAGUCCCAGGCCAGAACUUCUGAAAGCGGGAAUCUGGGCACACACCUCUGUCACUGGUCCAGCUGGACCUGGUUUGGCCAGCGUCCUGCUCAGAGGUUAUCUUAUUUUCCACUCUGCCAGAGUUUGGAACGUCAUCCCCUUGCCAACCCAUCUGCACUGCCUUCGGCCUUCAGCUGCAUUCCUCUUCCUGGGCCGCUGCUCCAGCUCUUGAUGAAGCAGCCUUGGCUGUGGUGUGUGUUUGUAUCUGGUUGGGAAGGUAUCCAAAGGCCUGGCUGGGAAGCAGGCAGGAGAGCAUCACGAGCCGGUGUGCUCAGUUCUGCACUGCUCUCUGUUGGAGGACUAGCGACCGGGCUCCUGUUCACAUCCUGGGGAGUGACAUCAGGCCCAGGCUAUAAAUACUGUGUCUCUUUUUUGGUAAGUCACUUAUCUGGAGCACUUGGAGCACAUGGGAAGCACUUGUUUGCCCGAGUGUGCUUUUCAUCAGCUGAUAUGAGAAGGCAGGCUGAGCGUGGGUAUUGGCCUGCCACGAUCCUGUUGGAGUGCUGCUGGGUUUUGGCUCUUGUGCUGCAGAGCCUUCUCCUGGGCUGGAUUUCACCAUCCCCUCCAGUGCCACUGCCUGUUUAGGCUUCACCUGGUGGCACCACAGCUCCUGCAACCCCAUGAAGGUGCCACUGUAAGCCCAGGGGCUAUGGGGGGUAUUUUUGCCUUGGGAUGGGUCCUGAUCUUCAGCUUUGCAGAUGCACUUUGGGAAUGAGGGUUUUCCCUGAGCUGCUGAAGAAGCUGCGACUCACUUGCUGGGAAUAAAAGCUGUC